UUGGGAGCAUUAUUGGGUAAUUAACUGGUGAUUUAACGAAUUGGUGACUUACAGCUCUUACCACAUACAAUAAUAUCAAACUUGACGUUAUUAAUGUCUUUGAUUUCCGUAUAUACGAUAUAUAUGUAGAUUAUUAUCAGUUAAGCCAUUAAGAUAUUAUAAUACAUAUUAAAUACAGUAUUACUAAACUUACGGUUUUUAAAGUAUUUGAUCUCAGUAUGAAGAAGAGAUAUGUAAAGUGCUAACAGUUAAUUCGUUAAGAUGUUAAUAUUAAUACAAAUUUCAAUACUUUUGCGUAUAUUGUGUGAUAUAAAUUUUCAAAAUGAACAGAAAAAAGAAUUGAAAAGAAAUUCGUGUUAAAGAUUUAAGAAGUCAAUUUUAAUACAUAUAUGUGAAAUAAAACAUAUGUGUGGUUUUUAACGUUAGAACUAAUCACACCGUUUUACGUGAUUACGUAUAUCAAAACAAAGAACGUGUAUUACGUUCUCUGAUCAAAACAUCAAAGAAAAGGCAAAUGUCAAACCUGAAGGCGAAAAUGGAGCGUUCAACAAUUGAUAGUUAUAUAUCUGGAAAAAGUACUCAUUCUCCAGUAAAGUCCGAACAAUCGAAAAAUGCUAAACUAGAUUCCUCUGAUGUAUCUGUUGAAAGCAACAAAAUUUUUCCUUCGUCAAAAUGGGUAAAAUUGAAUGUUGGAGGAAAGGUGUAUGUAACUACUUUGUGUACGUUAGUUAGCAAGGAGCCAGAUAGUAUGCUGGCCCGUAUGUUCUCCCAAGAUGGAAUGUUACCUAGUGAACAAGAUGAACAAGGUGCCUAUCUUAUUGAUCGUAGCCCUCAUUACUUUGAACCAAUUAUCAACUACUUGCGGCAUGGGCAACUUAUUGUGGACGCUAACGUGAGUCUUGAGGGUAUUUUGGAGGAAGCUAGAUUCUUCGGUAUAUACUCACUUAUUAGUCAGUUAGAGCCACAACUUUUACAAAUUAAUAGAUCAAUCGACGAUAUACCGCUCACUCGUCGGGACGUUAUCAAAGCUUUGAUACAAACACCCCAUGCUAGUGAGCUACGUUUUCAAGGUGUGAAUCUUGCUGGUGCUGACUUGCGCAAGCUUGAUUUUCGCAACAUAAAUUUUAAGUAUGCUUGUAUGCAAAGGUGUAAUUUAUCGCAUGCCAAUUUGACAUAUUGCUGCCUGGAGCGCACCGACUUAGCCUAUGCGAACUUGGAAUGCUCGCAAUUGGUAUCAGUUAAGGGUUUGUGUGCCAAUAUGGAAGGUGCCAAUUUGCGUGGAUGUAAUUUUGAGGAUCCGACCGGUGUACGUACUAAUCUAGAGGGGGUUAAUUUAAAAGGUGCUUGCUUGGAGAGUAGUAAUAUGGCUGGAAUAAAUUUGCGAGUAGCUAAUUUAAAAGAUGCCAACAUGAAGAAUUGUAAUUUACGGUCUGCAGUACUCGCCGGAGCAGAUUUGGAACGUUGCAAUUUAUCUGGCAGUGAUUUGCAAGAAGCCAACUUACGAGGGGCUAACUUAAAAGACGCAGAAUUGACCCUCAUGGUUACACCACUACAUAUGGCACAGGCCAUUCGAUGAGGGGUAGCUACAUUGAAUGUUACAAUUCCCUACCUUAAAUUUCCUGUGAUUUGAAACGCUAUCGAUUUCCUGCUUGUGCUUAAUUUUUGGGGUUAAGAGAGAAACGUACAUACACCUCUAUGUAUUUAUUGCGGUUAAGUUAAGGGUCGUAACAGUGAUAGUCUAUAAUAAUAUAGAAAAUAAGACUUUCCAAUUUUAAUCUAGGGCGUUUUUAUAUAUAAAAACGUAUUUAUAUAAAUAAAUGAGUAGAUCGGAGUUAAUAUAAAUUUUGUGUACAUUUCUUUAGACUGACGUAAGAACAAGGGUCAUUAACGUU